CUCAGGUCAAUAGAGACACCGCUUUGGCACCUCUCAGUCUGGAGAGAGAGUAUGAUCCCUUAUCUUAACAACCCUAAUGUGAGAGAGGAUGAGCUAGGAUAUGCAUAUCACUGGAGAGGUGAGGUGUUGGAUAUCUGAGGAAUUAAAAUGAAGCGCCUGUUUCAUCAGCUUGCCAAGGGCAUUUGAUGUGUUAAUAGAAAGCUUAAACCAGCCAAACACACCAACAAAGGAAAAUAAUUAGACUUAUGUUGUUUACCUGAAAUAUACAAUUCACCAUGCAAGCUGGGAAUAAAACUAGUUCACGUUGAUUUGCUAAUCAACCUAAGAUCAUAAAGAUGGCAAGAUUUUCUUAUGCUUAUCCCUUAUUCUGGUUAAAGGGACCAUCAUCACAUGUUAGAAAUCUCCUGUAGAGUUGAGAAGUAUAUACAACAACAAAAAAGAAAACAUACAAAAAUAAUAUUUCAUAAUUCAAAAUUGAUAAUACAAAAAGUUAUGAGUGUUAGAAAAUGUAACACCGACAAAACACUACUACGAUACAAAGUCAUGGCAAAGAACUAUGUCUCAUAUUUUGGCUUCACUAACCUCGAUGAACUAGCCAGUAGCUAAACACUCAUAAUAUUACAUUUGCAACACAUUCAGAAGGGUCAGAUUUAGAGGUUAGGCUGAGGUUAUGAGAGGAGACGGGAAUGCUACCUUCUGACCUGUUCUUCAGUGCAUCUGUCAGUUCUGUCAGUGCCACAGAGGUGAGACACAUCUCACUCACCAUGCUUCCUUUAAAAAAAUAGAAGGAAAUCAGUCAGUGGAGAGUCAACUACUCUAGUAGUUUUAAUUCUACCCAUUCUCCAAUGUGGGCAUUAUAUUUGUACUCACCAUUGGUUGUGUUGCUGUGAGACACGCUAUGUGUGUGUGUGUGUGUGUGUGUGUGUGUGUGUGUGUGUGUGUGUGUGUGUGUGUGUGUGUGUGUGUGUGUGUGUGUGUGUGUGUGUGUGUGUGUGUGUGUGUGUGUGUGUGUGUGUGUGUAUGUGUGUGUGUGUUUGUGUGUAUUCUGGCCAUGUUUUAGGUCUCAUCAACAGAGCUCUACACCUAUGAGGGAAGGGGUUAAAUGUGACUCUCUUCUGUGGGAACAUUCUCUUAUGACCGGUUCCACAACCACUGCAAUCCACACUCCCGGGGUGGGAAAGGUAGAGGUGCCAAAUAGCACCUCAGGCCCAGAAACACAGCUAAGACCACAAAAACACAAUGUUAUUUCUGUGCACAGGGGUUAUGAAUAUGGAAAAGGAGUUAGAGGUUGUUAAUGAUCAAAUUACUCUUUCCAAAAGUUGUCAUUAGAGCCCAGUUUCAAGUUUUGUAUACAGACAAUUACUAUAGACUAGUUUUCACCCACAUGUGUGAUAUCGCAUUGAGACAUCCCCAGACAAGUAUUUAUUUUUGCAUCCAGUGACUAAUUCAAUUGCUGCAUAGAAAGUCACCCAUCACCUUGAUCUUGGCAGAGCCAAUCUCUUCAGAACAAGACUCGCUAUAAAUUGUGAUACAACAUUGGCAAAUAAUAGUCAAAACAGCUAUAUUCCCUCUGUUUCCCAAGGCAGUGUAGGAGUUGUCUGCUUGUUUAAACAGAGGAGAGGUGUGACCUUCACACAUUACAGCUGGCACACUUCUUUUACCAGUGAGGUCUGCUGAGAUCCAUGGGACUAUUGGUCAUUGAGAAUAACAAGAUUCUGCUGAAGGCCGGCAAUGUGUUAUGUAGAUAUAGGAUAGUAUUUGAGUUUUUAGUUAUUUGCAUAAUCUGCAUUCCAAAACACAAAUAUAAUAAUUAUAACUGUUUUUAACAGUCCCCACCCACUGGGCACAGACGUCAGUUCAACGUCUAGUUUUGAUUUACAUGUGGUGACGUUGUCAAAUAAUUUCACUGUGAAAAAAAAAAUCCAACCAGUUUUCCACAUUGAUUCAGCGUCAUCACAUUGCAUUUUUUAUGGUGUGGAAACAACCUUGAUUCAACCAGUUGUUGUCCUCUGUCCAUAUUAAUUCAUCAAUACAUCUGUCCAUAUUAAAUAAUCAAUACAUUCCUAUCCGAUACUGCCCAAUUUAGUGAAUUGUUAAAAACAAUAAUCUCCCCCACCAUGAAUUCUUGAACUUGAUGCAUAUUUCAUUCUAAUCUGCCUGCCACCUAACACCUGGCUCUAGGAUGGUGUUUCCCAGGAACUCCGUAAUUCUAGUGUGAUCUGUACUUGGGCACUUUGAAGUCCAGGCACCCUGAUGGUGCCAUAUCACACCUGCCUGUAGGAUAAAUUGGGGAGCAGCUCUGGGGUCCUCCAGUACUCCUCACAGCCUCUCCAAGGACAGACAAACUGAAGAUAUUCAUAGCUCAGAAAACAUCGCAGUAAUGGAGUCCGUUGAUUUCGCUAAACUCUUGUUUCUCCAGGCUGGAGAGCAUCUGAUGGACAGUGAUGGCUUUCUGAAGCCGAGCUGUCCCAGCUCCGACCCUGGUUAUUACAGUGCCUGUAGUAGCCUGUCACCUGCCUCCUCCAUUGACUCCUUCUGCCUCUCUCCCCCUUGUUUACAGUGGGGAGGUGGUCAGGAGAAGGAAGAUUCCGACGCUUCCAGCUGCAUCAUCCAUGUUGCCAAAAGAAAGAGGAUAGAAAAACUCCCAGCUCAGGAGAAGAGGUCUAGGUCCAAGUUCCCUGGGAAGAAGCGGGAGAGCGCCAGCGAGAGGGAGAAGCUGAGGAUGAGAGACCUGACAAAAGCCCUCAACCACCUCAGGACCUACCUGCCCCCCUCUGUGGCUCCGGCUGGACAGACUCUGACCAAGAUCGAGACCCUGCGCCUCACCAUCAGGUACAUCUCCCACCUGUCAGCCCAGCUAGAGCUCAGCGAGAAGGAGCCAUGCCUGAAAAGAGAGAUGGAAACCACACCACGCCAGUAUAUUCCACAAUGCCCUCAGGGAAGCUCCAUGUCUGGACAAUGGUAUCAGGAGAGACUACAGGGGAACAUCCAGAGCAAUGAUCAAUACUGUCUGCCACUGGUCACAUCAUGUACCAACAACACAGAACCACAACCAAACUACCUGACAUCAGCGGUCUCCUAUCAGGACAUGAUCUUAUAUCCGAUGCACAACCAGGUGUUACAAAGUGACAUCAAGUCAUUUGAUAUGGCCUACUACCAAUAAUGAGUGAAGAGGUGAAAACACCUGAAGAUACAGUGCCUAGAUCAGAGACAUUAUGGACAAAAUGUUUUUACCUAAAUAUCUAUUUAUAAACUGUGAUAUUGACAAUUGUUGGUUGUUUCAAUGAAAGUGAUAAUAUGUA